AUGUGCGGUGUUUUAUUUUUAGUGCUGUCGAUUCUCUUUGUGGAGUGUCUAUCCGUCCAUCGCCCAGGAUUCGUGUUCAGGAAGGCAGGUAACCCCUUCGUCGUUCGAGACCGCCGUUUCGGUGGUUGCUGGAGCAACCACGCAGCCUUAAACCAGCAAAACACAAGCUUAGAAUCUAAUGUGUGCGAGGAAUCCAGUAAUCAGGCGAGCGAUGAGCGUGCUGUAGCAGAUAGGUCUAAGACCCUCUACCUGGUGAACCCUCGUGGCUUUUGCGAGGGCGUACGACGUGCCAUCCGCACUGUAGAGGAAGCUGUGCGCAUAUUCGGCCCUCCAAUCUACGUAAAGCAUGAAAUCGUGCACAACGAAUUUGUCUGCAACCGUCUACGCGCCAAGGGUGUCAUAUUCGUCGAGGACCUCGAGACCGUUCCCGAGGGUAGCACCCUCAUCUUCUCUGCUCACGGCGUGUCUCCUGCUGUGAAGGAACUUGCACGCAAGAGAAAUUUCAUCGAAAUUGACGCCUCAUGCCCACUGGUGAACAAGGUCCAUGUUUACGUCAAGAAGAAAGCUGAGGAGGGUUACAAGAUUGUGCUGAUUGGCCACAAGAACCAUGUGGAGACCAUUGGGACUGCGGGCGAGGCCCCCGGUGUCACGACGGUGGUUGAGUCCGUUCAGGACGUCGAAGAGCUAGAAUAUCCGGAAGGCACGCCUCUGUUCUACGCAACACAGACGACUUUGAGUCUGGAUGAUUGCAAGGUAAUCAAGGAUCGGCUGCUGGAGCGGUUCCCUUGGAUUGAGACGAUCCCCAGCGGCUCCAUCUGCUACGCCACCACCAAUCGCCAAACGGCGGUGCAGAAGGUCUGUGCUAUUUGCGACCUUAUGCUGGUCGUCGGUAGCACUCUGUCAUCUAACGCAAAACGGUUGCUUGAGACCGCCACCGUGAGGAAUAUAAGAGGCUACCUGAUACCCAACGCGGAUGCAAUUACCGAGGAAAUGAUCGGGAAUGCAACCCGCGUGGCAGUCUCCGCAUCCGCAUCAACUCCGGAAGAGCUCACCAAUGGCGUUGUGGAAAGGCUGGCUAAUCCGCCAUUCAACUUUUCGGUUGAAUUUUUCGACGGGGGCGAAGAGCGCGUGCCGAAAUGGCGACUACCGAGGUGA